AUGAGUUAUCCAUCUUCUCAUGGCGUCGUCUCGUCUCAGUCUUCCAAAGCUCCCCCACGUCCUCCGAAUGCUUUCAUGCUAUACCGAUCAGCAAAGCUCAUAGAACUGAGGGACCAAAUUCCUCCGGAAGAACACAAGCGUCAGGCAAAAUUGUCGAAGAGUAUCGCGAAGAUGUGGCAUUCCGAGAGCGAGGUUGUCAAAAAUUACUACGUGGAGUUCGCCGAACGCAAAAAGGCAGAACAUCAAAUCGCGUAUCCCGACUACAAAUACCGUCCUAUGCGCAAAGCUGACAAGGCGCGUUUAAAAGCGAGGAAGGUCGUACAGGAAGACAUUGUGAAUACAGUAUCUGCAGACGACACUGGCGAGCCACAGAUAUGGGAAGACUUCGGUAAUGAGGAGGCUGAAGUCCCGCAGGUGUCAGGCCAAUGCCAGUAUCAAGCUUGUAUGCUCUGUUUUACGGCACAGCGACCGGGGGCUUGUCUGGGGCCAAUGGCUGUUCCACCUCCUCCACCAGUCUCCUUUCCGCCUGAUAUACCCGGAGUCCGCUACCUAUUCGUCCCCGUCCCCACAGACGCUUAUCAUCAGCUCGUGCACAGCCAACACCCACCCUGCCAGACGAUCGACCCCUUCGCUCUCUCGUCCCCUUACCCACUAGUCUACUCGUCGCUGUUCGAGCUGCAGGAGGCAAUCACAUUCUUGACUAACCCACCCGAGCUCGAUUUGACAGGCGGUAUCGAUCUCGCUAAGUUGAACAUGUCUUCCUGGUUAUAG